AUGGCUGUACAACGCACGACAUCCCACGACAGCUCUACGGAGAAAGAAUAUGCCACCCAUGUCGAGGGAGAGGCAGAUAUGGAAGAGUAUGUCUCCCUCUUUCCCCUCUUGGCCAACAAAAGCCUCGAGGAACGUCAGCAGAUCGAAACGAAGCUCAAGCGAAAACUUGAUUGGGCUUUCUUGCCGGUUGUGACGCUCAUGUUGCUGAUGGGCUACCUCGACCGCAUCAACGUGGCAAAUGCUCGGUUGGCCGGUAUGCAGGAUGACCUGCACAUGUCUGACACCAUGUGGUCUGCUGGAAUCUCGCUGUUCUAUGUUGGUUACAUCGUCACUCAGCUUCCUGCCACUGUCUACCUCGCCAAAGGCCUGCCGCGAUGGCAGAUGCCCGCCUAUGUCAUUGCAUGGUCUGUUAUCACAGCAUGCAUGGCCGCAAUGACUUCCGGAUGGUCGUUCUUGGUAUGCCGCUUCAUGGUCGGCGUGGCUGAGGGCCCUUUCCUUCCCAUGGUCAGCUUGAUGACCUCCUCAUGGUACACAAAGGAGGAGGCCCCUCUGAGAAUGGCCAUCUGGCAUGCGGGCAAUAUCGCUUCCAACAUCUUCUCUGGGCUGCUUGCUGCUGGUAUUUUGGAGAACAUGAACGGUCUUGCCGGCAUGCGUGCGUGGCAGUGGUUUGUCAUCAUUGAGGGUAUCGUCGGACUGUUCGUCGCUAUCAUGGGAUUCUGGUGCAUCCCCAACUUCCCUCACAACACGGGAACGUACUUCAUGACCGCCGAGAUGUCAGAGAUGGCCCAAUAUCGAAUGGUCGUCUCGGCAGGUGGGCGGUCGGAGGAUGACGAAGGUGGUGCUUGGGAAGGAGUCAAGCUUGCCUGCAAAGACCCAUUCACCUGGAUUUAUACGGUGCUUCACUUUGGCCUCAUUGUCGCCCUUUCAUUCAAGGAUUUCUUCCCAUCAAUCGUGAAAACUCUCGGUUACUCGAACCUAAUGACCUAUCUCAUCCAAGCUCCGCCGUACAUCUUCGCCUACCUCGCCACUUGUGUAAUCUCCUGGUCCUGGGGAAGACACAUGGAGCAUUGCUGGCAUAUAAUUGGAAGCACAGUUGCAUGCAUCGUCGGCGUUGUCAUCAUGAUCUCCACCCUAAAUGCAGGUGCCCGAUACUUUGGCAUGUUCCUUUUGUGUGCAGGACCUUUUGUUGGCUUGAAUAUUCACAUACCUUGGGAAACAACUAACGUGGCUCGCCCUCGCACAAAGCGUGGUGCUCUGGUUGCCAUUACGAACUGCAUCGCGUCAGUCUCUCACUGGUUCACGCCAUACUUCUUCCUUCGCUCCCAAGAACCCCGCUAUCAGAAUGGUGGCAUUUUGAUCAUUGCAGGCUGUGUCAUGGGCAUUGCCGGUUGCCUUGUUUGCAAAUGGUAUGUCAAGAGACUCAACAAGAAAAUGGAUGAACACGAAGCGGCCAACAACCUGCCAAAGAGGUGGCGGCAACCAGAUGUGUUUGCUGGGAUAGGCUUGGUCGGCAUUUCGGUCUUUCAAGACCAUCUCCUUCCUCGCGAGGAUUUUGCCCGCCGGCACAAUCCUCGCCUUGUCAACGAACGCCGAUCGAGAAUGCUUGCCUGUACACUCUGCCACAAUCGCAAGGUCCGCUGCGAAGUGGACGCCGAAUCAAACACUUGCAUAACAUGCAAGGCUGCGGGAGUAGAGUGCAUUCCGCGCACUAGAAAGCGUCGUCGUGGGGGAGCUGCUCCCAUGACUCAACAGCUCAGCAACAAUGAAAGCCACAAUUACAGCAAUCAACAAACUCAGCACGUUUCGCAGUCAUCUGGGGCAGGCAUAGUAAUGCCGAUGGAGCAUGCCUCAUAUCAGACCCCAUCUACGACCCAAUCGACAACGUAUAUAGGUAGAGGCCAUUAUGUCACAGAUGACGAUGAGAUAGAUGAGACGAGUGCUCGUGCCUUUGCGCCAGCAAAGAUAAAGGUCGGACCUCAUGCAAGCACUCAAAGGGAAACGUUAGUUCUGUGGAAAGCUCUAGAUAUACCUCCUCUUGCAGCCCGUCAAAGCCUGCUGAGUGCAUUCUUAGACUACUGCAACUUAUGGACGCCUGUUCUGGAACAAAAAGAUAUCCAUGAGCUUUCGCAUUUCGAACAAGAACCAACUUCAUUGCUGCUGGCACAAUCAUUAUGGCUGGCCGGUAGUCGAGUCACAAGUUCACCUUCUGUGGUUGCCUUCGCAUCUUCAGACGACUUUUAUCACAGAGCCAAAACAGUCUUCUGGUCUGGAGUAGAGACGGAUGGGUUGUCUGCCAUAAAGGCCUCGCUGAUGCUUCAAUGGACCAUCGAGGGCAAUACGACGAAGGCUGUGGUGAAGUUUGGUGAUUCACUCAUCUCCGUCGCUCAUGGCCGACCGCGAGUCAUCAAUCUCGAUGACAGCGAUGUGCAGCCUCCAAUACCAAGCGACUUCCCAGACUCGCAGUUCGCGUUUCAGCUGUUCUCGGCCUGGGUCGACAUCUGCCAAGUACUUGGAGACAUAUCAUCUUGCUGUAUAAGACGACACAUGUCACGGACAAAAAGACUCUACAUUGAGAGCUCAUUGUACCGCUGGGCAACGAGUCUGCCCCAAGAUCUCCAAGUUGCUCCCAGCAACCAGUCAACGCAUGGCUAUCUUGCAACCAGUCAAAACCUACCGGCACGUCAGCUGUAUCUACCAUAUUUCACUAGCUUGAUAGUGUUUUCUCGUAUGCAGCCUGCGCACUCGGGGGGAUCAGCAACUGCGACGUUGGCUGCAUCGUUCGUAGCCCGCAUUUUUGAGGACUUUCUGGCCAGAGACGAGAUCAAAGUCUUAGCACCGAUAAGCACUCGGUACUGCCUUAUUUCGAGCAUGGCGCUUGUCUCGGUCAUGCCUAAUAAGAGACUGUGGGAUGCUGUACAGCCGGAUCUGGAGAUACUUCAGCUUGCACUUGCGGAGCUAUCGAAACGCUGGCGAUCAGCGAUUGGGGCUUCGAGGGCUCUCCAGAAUGCUAUCAACAAGAGGCAACAACGUGCCCCAAGUUCUACGGCCCACUUUCGAGUGGACUAUAAGGGUUCCCUUGAGUACUUCAAGAUGAUAGACCUCGGCUAUUGCCGUAUAUGGAGCACUAUAAGCCAACAGAUGUCCUCUGGCUCCAGUCCGAUGGCUGCACAAGAGCAAAUUCCAGAGCCUGUACCGCUCCCCGGCAGCAAUGCGUUGGCGACCGACACGUUCAUGGACCCCGGGGAAGCCCUGGAUAUGGGGGCAUUUCAAUUUGAGCAUGUGUAG